AGUCUACCCCAAACACGGUGCCAACCCCCCCAAUCCCCUUCCCUAGUCAUACUAUCUGCUGCUAAUAUCUCUUAAUCUCCCCAGCAACGGAAUCCCCGAUCUUCUCCAUCCAGCACCGUUCCCCCAUCAUGACAAUUCCCUCUCCCUUCCAAGUCCGACCCGCCGAACCAACCGACGCCGACCUCACCUUCAUCGUCUCCACCUACGAUGCGACCCUCCCAUUCCUCGCCUCAAUCGGCAACCACGAACAAUGGGGCUCAAUCCCAUUCUCCCAGCGCGGCGACUUUUCCACCGAAACACUGACCCAGCUCCAUCACUCGGAGGAGAACCGCCUCACCGAUACCAGCCAUUCCAGUGGUCUCCGCAUCUUCAUCGUCGAGAGAGAAUACCACGAUGAGCCUCUCGAUGCAGAGUCAUCCCAGCACCUACGCAUUGAAGCCGACGGCCGACGUUACCUGCCAGUGGGAUUCGCGCAAACGCGCGAAAACUGGGUCCCUAGCUAUGUGAAAUCGCAAUCGCAUCUUCCGAUUCCGGAUAUUGAGCGGGAGGAGUUUGUCUAUCUGGAGGUUAUCGUUACGGAUAGUCGGGUGGGGGGUCUUCGGCGCGGGGCGGGUGCGGCGCUGAUGAAUGGGAUUCGGGAGUAUGGGCGCUCUAGAGGGAAGAGAGCGUUUUGGGUGGAUAGUUGGGGGGGAAGUGAGAGGAGGUUGGUUCGAUACUAUGAAAAUCAAGGGUUCAAGGCAGUCGGGGACUGGAGUCAUGAGAGGAUUAACAAGUCGCCUUGGUUGGGGACGUUGAUGUAUAUCGAUAUUUAGUUGUAACUUGUCUUUUGCGUAUUGU